AUGCGGAGGAUAGCAAGGAUACAGAGACCCUCUACGGCACUCGCCCAGUGCCUCCAGGCACCGGCCUCAACACCCCAGCACACGGCGGCGUGCCGAGCAGCAGCAGCGACAUGCCUCCAGCGACCACGCGACUUCUCGACGACACCACAGAGGCCAUUCCACAGCUCAGGGAGGCAGGCGGAAAAGUCGAACUCGGACGACGAGAAAUCAGCCAGGGCGGAGGAGGAGGCUCGCCUGCAUGCGGAGAAGCGGCGAGCCGCCAAAGCCGCCGCUGAACAAGAAGCAACAGCACUCGCGGCCGACGCCCACCAGCAACAACAACACGAAGCGGCCGAGCAGCUCCUCGAGGCCGACGCCCACCAGCAACAACAACACGAAGCGGCCGAGCAGCUCCUCGAGGCCUACGACCCCGACGCCGCCCAGGCGGAGGCCCUGGAGGUCGAGACGGACCUCGUGCUGCCGCCCGAGGAGGUCGCCGUCGCGCAGCGCGAGGACGAGCUCGAAGCCGAGGGCGUGCUGUACGAGCCGGCCGACACGGCGCACGGCCUCGAGGUCGUGGGCGGGCUGGGCGGCUGGUUCGAGCGCGACGAGCACUGGGGCGCGUCGAAGCGGUACGCCGGGUUCGCGCCGACGAGCCGCGUGGCCGACCCGGCGCUGCUGGAGCUCAACGUGAGGCGGGCGGUGGCCGAGGCGCUGGCGGUGGCUGCCGCGGCGGCCGCGGGUGCUGACAAGGCGCCGCUGCUGACGGGGCUGUGGGAGAGGGGCGGGAGGGAGGACGCGGAGAGGGCGCUGGGCUUGCGGCUCGAGGUCCGCGAGGACGGCGCCGUUGGGGUGGUCGCUGCGGAUGCUGAGGGGAUCGUCCGGGCCCUGCGGUGGGACCCUGAUGCGCCUGGGUCGUCGGUUGCGUCUGUGGGCGAGGAGGUCGGCAAGCAGCAGUUCUCGCCCGACGAGGCGAGGGAGAUCGUGCGGGCGUGGGACGAGGGCUGGAAGAAGAUCUCGCUGCACGACGCCCGCCUCAAGUUUGCUGUAACAAAGCGCAUCCUCCAGCUCACAGGCCACCCGAUCCCCGACUCCAAGCUGCCGUCCAUCCACACCGCCGGAAACCUCGUGUCGCUCCUGGUCAAGCCGGAGCCGCCGACCAAGGUGGCCGAGGCCCUCGAGCAGCAGGGCGAGCUGGCCAAGCUGCCCAACGUGCGGGUGCACGCGACGCGCCGCACGCCCAUCCACAAGCACCAGGAGGUGGGCCGGUGGAAGGUUAUCGUCGAGGAGCUCGAGAAGAGGAAGAUCCCGGCGACGGGCGACGGCGGGAUCGGCCGGUUCGUGGAGGACAAGUGGCUGAGGGGGCCGAGGCUGCCCAAGAGCGAGAGGAAGAAGAGGAGGUGA